CUAUUCGCCUAGGACAAUAGUAACGACGCGAUAAGGACAAUCAAUUGAAGAAAACUGAAAACGGAACGGCCUUACAAUUGGCCUACAAAAUUUCGCGGGAACCUCUCGACUGAAAAUCUGCAGGUGGACUCGGUAAAGUUAAGGUGGGAAGGUCCAGCACACUCGGCACAAAAUCGAAUUCCUUGCACAAUCUCACGCGACGAGACGGGGCCCUUACCACGGACAGCACAUUUUUUGACAGGCAUCUUUCCUUCCGAGAAAAAAAAAUUUCCGAGUUACUUCCUUCCCUCCUCCGCCGACUUGCUCCUGCUAUCACUACAGAACCCGCUCCAACCCGACCACCCGCCCUCCGAAAGAUAAAAAUGGGGUCCAGAGACAAGGCUGUGGGCGUUGUCGACGACAAGAAGCUAAAGAAGGACAAGAAGCACAAGGACAGGUCGGAAAGGUCGGACAGGGUCGACAAGGAGAAGAAGCGCAGCGAGUCCGACGGCAUCCGAAAGGAGAAGAAGGACAAGAAGAAAGAUAAGGCCAAGCAGGACAAGCUUGCGCGCGCGCUCGAUGCCCACCUUCAAGCCGACGCCGCCGCAUCUGCGGGCGUGGACGAGGAGGACGACGAUGAUAUAGAGGAUGACGUCGCGUCGCAAACCGACGCCGCUCCCACCACAAAUCCCGAAGACGCCGUAACCGUGACGGAGGAGCUGGUGCCGUUUGCGCUGCCGCUCGCCGAUGAGAAGGCACACAAGAAGAUUCUCAAGACGAUCAAGAAGGGCGCCAAGCUCAAGGCGAUCCACCGCGGCGUCAAGGAGUGCGAGAAGGCCAUCAAGAAGUGCCCGUCGCGGAAGGCGUCGAACAAGACGUCAGCAUCCACGGCCGGGGGGGUCGUGAUCAUCGCCGCAGACAUCUCGCCGAUGGAGGUCAUCAUGCACUUCCCGAUCCUGUGCGAGGAGCACGGCGUGCCGUAUCUGUUCGUCAAUUCACGGUCGGACCUCGGCCAGGCAGCGUGCACAAAGCGCGCCACCAGCGUCGUCAUGCUCAAGCCCGAGGGCAAGAAGGCUGCCGCCGGCGGCAAGAAGAGCGGCGACGACGCCGACAUGGCCGACGGAGACGACAAGAAGACCAGUGCGGCCGAGUAUUCCGAGGCCUUCAAGGAGCUCGCCAAGCUCGCCCAGAAGCAGUGGCACGCGCAGGUCGAGCCGUGGGUCAAGGACAUUCACCCGCUACAGGUUGCGGAGCGGACCAAGUCGACUUGAUUUUGUUUCACCCAACCAGUUGAGAAAAAAGCGAUAAAAGAAAAAAUAAAAUAAAGGAAUACCCUUCCUCGGACCAACCUCAAAAAUACCCCUCCGAACAUCAAAAACGAAAACUCUCCGAAUUUGUAAAACGCACAUUCCCCUGG